UACAUGAUUUGAAAUAUUUUAUACGCAAAAUUAUAUAAUUGCACAUACUUCGUUUCCUCUGGAACGGUUAAUAAUAAUUUGAAAAAGUACUAGGAACACAUUUUGGAUUUUACAUGUUGACAAAAUCCUAACAAAAUUUCUCACGACCACAAGACCAGUUUGUUCAACAAGGGCAUAUAGGUCAUUUCACAGCAUGGCAAAUUUGCCUGCGGAAAUACUGCUUUUAAAACCACAACAUAGCAAGUCUGAAGGCAAGGAAAGCAAAAAGCUAAAUUAUGCGAACUCCACGUUACCUUUCCAUCAUCAUCUUCUUCUUCUUCUUCGUCGCUUUCCGCCUUCUCCCCACCGUUUCCUUAGUCGCCGCUACCUCUAACACUGCCGCCACUGCUCCCUCACCGUCGCCGUCCACCGACGUCCCUACCACCAGUAACUUAGAUUUUAUCCGUUCGAGUUGUCAAACUACACAAUAUCCUGACACAUGCUAUAACUCUCUCUGUAUCUACGCCAGCAUUGUCCAACAGGACUCUGCUCGGCUGGCUCUUGUAGCCAUCGGAGUUAGUCUAGACAAAGCCAAAUAUGUCGUCGCAUACUUCUCCAACCUCUCCUGUGAAGCGAACUACAGUGCCCAGCCACGAAUCGGAGCUGCUCUACACGACUGCUUCUCUGUGUUCAGAGAUUCCGUGGACCAAAUACGUGACUCGCUGAAUCAAAUGAGGACGCUCGGGGGAUCGGGCGAGUCGUUGAGGUUCCAGAUUAGCAACGUUCAAACAUGGAUGAGCGCCGCCUUAACCAAUGAAGAAACGUGUACGGACGGCUUUGAGGAUGUACCUGAUGGACCCUUGAAGAUGGACGUCUCUGAUCGUGCUGCUAAGGUGAAGGAGGUGACCAGCAAUGCUUUGGCUUUGAUAAAUUGUUAUGCUAAUAAAAUGUCAUAGAUGACACUGAGCAUUAGAGGAAGAAAAAAUUAGUUCAAGCUUUUAGAUUAUUAUUUAGUGGUCCAGAUAUUUGAUUUUUUUUCCCUUUUUUUUAAUUAUUAUCUCCGGUCCACUUUAUUUUUUAUUUUU